AUGUCCCGCUCUGAACUUCGUCGUGCUCUUAUCUCCAAACCUACUGUUGAUACUGUCAUGGUCCAGGCUGAUUCUCAGUCUCGGGAUGUAGUGUCUCCUUCUACUACUCAGAUCUUUACUUCUGAAACCACAUCAACUGAGAUUAGAUCUCAAACAACUGUUCCUGCUACAGGAAACCCUAACACUGUCUCAGUUGAUGAGGCAUCAGAAACUAUCCAAAACUCCCUAAAGUCAACCCCCUCCCCUCCCCAACCUCACUCUGCCCCUACUCUUGCUGAAAAACUAAGAGUCAAAGGAGAUAAGACCCUUUCUCGGCUUGCUCCUGUUCAAUUCACUGAUAAAGGAAUACCUAGAGUGCUCAUUCCAGACUCUGUGUUUGAAGAAGGUGCUAAUCUCCAUAAAGACUUCAUUAUCUGUUAUUUCAAUGGGCGACCUCCUCCCUUUCUCCAAAUCCAAAGUGUCCUGAAUUAUAUGUGGGGAAAAGGGCGAAGAUUAGAAAUCCACAACAAUCCUCGUCAAAGAUCGGCUCUAGUGAGGAUUCCUAGUGAAUUUCUAAGACAGAAAAUACUAGAAAAAAAUAUCUGGUAUGUAGGUGAUUCAAUGUUCCAUACCGCUCAGUGGUCGUCGGUUCACUCGUCUGCUACUCCCUCGCUAAGCUCCAUCAGAAUUUGGGCUCAUCUCACAGAUGUGCCACUGGACCUGCGUCAUCAGAAAGGUCUCAGUUUAGUAGCAGGUCUUGUGGGUGACCCUAAAGAGACUGACGAUUUCACUCUAAAUCUAGUCAGUCUCACUCUCUCGCAUGUGAAGGUGGAAGUUGAUCUCACAAAGCCGCUUCCUGAUGUUGUAGAGUUUCAAAGGCAAAGUGGCGAGGUGGUUGAGGUGAAAGUGUCCUAUCCUUGGCUCCCACCAACAUGCUCACACUGUAAAGAACUUGGGCAUGUAAUGAGAAACUGCCUCCAUUACACUCCGCCAUUGCCAGCAGCAGCUGCUUCUUCUACAGACAAAGCUCAGAAAUCAAAACAAAACUCCAAAGUCAACCCGACUCCAAAGAAACUCCAGCCAGGAACAUCAAAAAAUAAACACUAUGUGGCUGUUAAGAAGAACUUACCUCCUGUAUUGACUGCUCCUGAUCAAACCACUACCCUCCAGAAUGUAAUCCCUGUCUCCUCUUCUCCUUCAAAAACUACUGUUUCUCUCCCUUCCAGCCCCAUAACCACUAAAGCACCCAGACCCCUUUUUUCUGACCAAAACACAGACCAAUCGACCCACAAAAGUCCUUCUGACAAGCCUCAUAGACCCUCCCUCAAGCGCUCUCGUUCAUCCCCUGUUCUCUCCCCUCCCACCCACCCUCAGUUGAUUUAUAAAUCUUCCACCCCAACUCCUCCUAUACCCCUUUUGUUUCCUGAAAUUAGUACUCUUCAGCGUACCCCUAUCACCUAUUCAGCUAUCUACGCUUCAAAUGUUGCAGAGGAAAGAACAGAGCUAUGGGUGGAGUUGAUAAACCUACAUACCUCUCUUGCGCUUGACUCUAAACCAUGGAUGAUAGGUGGAGAUUUCAACCAGAUUCUCCUCCCCUAUGAGCACUCAGCGUUUAACUACCUCACCCAUGCUCCACCGAUGUACCAAUUCCGUGAUGUCCUUCUGCAGUUAGGAGCUUUUGAUCUGAGAUUUCAAGGGCCCAUUCAUACUUGGUCGAAUAAGCGGGAUAUAGCUCCGGUGGCAAAGAAAUUGGACCGUUGCCUUAUCAAUAGUGAGGUCAUAGCCACUUUUCCCAAUGCCUCUGCUAUGUUUCUCCCCCCAGCCCCCUCUGACCAUGCCCCUUGCUUAAUUGACCUUGCCUUUCAACUACCCCAAGCCGGUACCCAGCCAUACAAAUUCCUAAACUACUUAACCAAACAUCCGGGGUUCCUGGAGGCUGUGAGUGUUGCUUGGUCUCAUGCCGGGAAUAUGUCUGCCAACCUAACUGCUCUGUGCUGGAAGUUGAAAAACAUAAAGAGAAGCUUAAAAAUUUUUAAUCAAGAGAAUUUUUCUGAUAUUCAAAAGAGAGUAAGAGAGACUUACGGUUUGUUACAACUUGCGCAGGUACAAGCUCUUACAAAUCCAACUCCUGAAACCUUUGCAGCAGAAAAACAACUCAAUCAGAAAUGGCAGUUCUUAAGGCAAAUUGAAGAGUGUUACUUCAAACAGAAGUCGAGGAUUAACUGGCUACUAGAAGGGGACUUCAACACUACCUUCUUCCAUCGGGUUUGUCAGACAAGAGCAAGUUACAAUGCCAUCCGUUCCUUCCUCCUUCUCUCUGGAAUAAUCAUCACAGACCCAAUGGAGAUGAGUCAACACGCAAUUACCCACUUUCAGAAUGUUCUAGGACCAGACUCCCUACCACAACUUUGGCCUACUCCGACAGAAUGGUUCCAGAGCCUCUCACCUUUUCAAUGUUCCCACCAGCAGAGAGACAAGAUUCUUAUGAUGCCCACAUCAGAGGAGAUUACGAAGUUGAUGUUUUCACUGAAUCCUAACAAAGCCCCUGGCCCCGAUGGACUGACAUCGGCGUUCUUCAAAGCUGCAUGGUCGUUGGUUGGAAAUGAGUGCAUCAACUCGAUCCAAGAUUUCUUCAACUCCAGCUUCCUGCCAAAGACAACAAACUCAACUAUUCUUACACUUGUUCCGAAAUUCCCUGGAGCGUCUAGAAUCUCAGAGUAUAGGCCAAUCUCUUGCCUUAAUACUAUCUACAAGGUCAUUUCGAGAUUGCUAGUAACGAAACUCAAGCCACUACUCAAAGACCUCAUCGUGCCAAAUCAAACUGCAUUCGUGGAGGGAAGACUCUUGGUGGAAAACACAGUCUUAGCAAGUGAGAUAGUUAAUGGUUACCACAAGAACAAGGGCUCAAAGAAAAUUACCAUUAAGGUCGAUAUCGCCAAGGCGUUUGACACGCUCUCUUGGGAUUUCCUCCUCUCGGCGCUUGAAAGUCUAUGUCUCCCCUCCGAAUAUACUCGCCUCCUCAAGUCCUGCAUAUGCACAACGUCAUUCAUGGUGGGCUACAAUGGGACUGUAAAUGGGUUUUUUAAAGGGAAAAGAGGUCUAAGGCAGGGAGAUCCCCUCUCCCCCUACUUGUUUGUAAUUGCCAUGAAUUAUCUAUCUCUGAUGCUAGACAAGGAGGCCAGGGAAGGAAGUCUAUCUUACCAUCAUCAUUGCAGGAAGACAAGGUUAACCCACCUCUCGUUUGCGGACGACCUUCUGAUCUUCUUAGAUGGGGAAAUUGAAUCGGUCCAAAGAGUGCUUCAGAUUCUCCACGAGUUUGAGAAACGGUCUGGUCUUGCGGUAAGCAUGCAGAAGACAAGCUUCUUUGCAUCGGGUCUCUCUGUCGAGGAAGUCGCGGCAAUUCAGGUUUCCACUGGCAUGCAAUGCGGGUCUCUGCCAAUGAGAUACUUGGGUGUUCCCCUCUGCACGAAGAAGCUCAACAUUCAGAACUGUGAACCUCUCCUGCAACAGAUCAAAAAACGCUUCUCCUCUUGGUCUGCAAAAGCCCUCUCCUUUGCGGGUCGUUUACUGCUCAUAAAAACUGUCAUUGCAGGAGUCUCCACUUUUUGGUGCUCUUCAUUUAUUUUGCCGAAAGCCUGCAUCAAUAAGAUCAACUCUUUAUGUAACUUAUUCUUGUGGAAAGGCAAGAGUGAGGGAACAUAUAAUGCAAGGGUGGGUUGGGAAACAGUAACUCUUACCAAGGAUCAAGGAGGCCUAGGAGUGAAAGAUCUUCACAAAUGGAACAUGGCGUGCAUCUUGAAGCUCAUCUGGAUGCUCUUCUUUCGACCUGAUUCAGUUUGGGUUAGUUGGUUCAAGGAAGUCAUUUUGAAUGGAGAUGUGAGUAAUUAUUGGACGGUACGAACGAACUCUUCUUACUCGUGGAUGGUUAACAAGUUGAUAAAAGCGAGGGAGCUAGUAUAUCCUCUUCUUAGAAGACGCCUGGGAGAUGGAGCGACAACAUACUUUUGGGAGGAUAAUUGGUCGCCGUUUGGUAGCCUAAGUCUGUUCUUAAAUGCAAGAUCCUCUAGACUUGGCAUCCCUCAGACGGCGACAAUUGCUUCCCUCUACUCUAACGGACGGUGGCGCCUUCCACCGGCUCGAACGGAGGAUCAACUAGCUCUGCAGAUUCAUCUCACAACUAUUACAUUGGAGGAAAGAGAGGACUAUUAUGAGUGGGAAGUGGAGGGAAGAUUCCGAAGUAAGUACAGCAUGGGAGAGAUUUACACUUACCUGAAAGGACCACACCAAACGGUCUCAUGGUCGAAGGUGGUUUGGUCUUCUUAUGGGAUCCCGCGACAAAGUUUCUUAAUGUGGCUUGUGCUACUUGACCGAUGUCCUACAAAGAAUAGAUUGAUCAGUUGGGGGAUUCAAGUGAACCCAAAUUGUCUCCUCUGCAACAAUUAUCAUGAGAGUAGGGAUCAUCUAUUUUUUGGAUGUACUUACUCUUUUCAAAUAUGGAGAGUGAUCGCAGGAAGGUGUCAACUACAAGCCAUGACCGACUGGGACUCAACACUGCUGCAACUAGAAACGCUGGGGAGGAAUAAAGAUCUAAAGCGACUCACGAUCUUAGCGGCUCAAGCCACGAUCUACUGGAUAUGGCGAGAGAGAAACUUGCGGCUCCACCAACAAACCUUCAAAACAUCUGACGCCAUUGUUUCCACCAUCGCCAAGCAGAUAACAAAUCGCCUUCAAAGCAUCCGACUCCAGAACCCGAGAGCUUCUUCUGCAAUGACACAACUAUGGUUUCUUCAUUCUUGA